AUGGCAUUGCUAGCAGCUCAACGCACCUUGCUCACCCUCUUCACCGCUAUCGUACUUUCACCGUCUCUCACCUUAGCAACAUCCACAGCUUGCCAAUUCACUUUUCGCGACGGAGACAAGCUUUACAAUUAUACCCUCUCCUCUCCCAUUCGCAACUUCCCUCACGGCAUCCUCAGCGAAGACGGGUUUUACAAAGUGUCAGUGAAUCAGACCACCAUUUGGUUUCAGCUUUGCGAUGGAAUGAUUUUCAAUCACGAUCCUCCAAUAUGUGCUGACUGCUGGGACUGUGGAGGGCCAACACGUUGUGGGAUGGAGUGCAGUGCACUUGUGUCAAAUUACAUUGGAGGUUAUCAUGUAUGCUCAGCCAUAGGACGUGGCCCGAAAAUUGACAUUGAUGUUAUAGAUAAGAAAAAUCCCCAUACUGGUAUUAUUGUGAAAAUGUCAAGCGGCGGCCUUAAGUACAACUGUUCUCUGUCUGUGUCUGUGCUUUGCAAUCUAAAUGGAGUACAGGGACCUCAAACCCUGGAGAGAUCAGGGGAUUGUAAUUAUGCUACAGAGCUAAAGCAUCCAUCUGGUUGUGCUUUGAUUGUAAAUGUCCACGGGAGUGGGUGGGGGUGGUUUGGCACUUUACUUAUUAUUCUUCUGUGCCUUUUUGCUGUGUACCUACUGGCUGGUAUAGUUUAUCGAUAUUUCAUCCUCAAGAUUCGCGGUAUAGAAGUCAUCCCUAACUUGGACUUGUGGAUCAGCUUGCCUAGGAGAAUACAGAGCAUGUGCUCAUCUUUGGUUAGAAAGUUUAAGGGGCCGUCGGAAGGUCACCGGAGCUCCUAUUCUCCUGUGAACUUCUGA